AAAAUAUUUGGAUAUCUGCAAAUGGAUCGAUUGAAAACGAGGACUUGAACCAAACGAUAGAAUAAAAACGACAACGAUUAGAAAAAAACAAUGGAUUAGAAGCAAGAAAAGAGCUCUAAAAACGACGGGGAUUAUCAAAACGACAACAUUGAAUCAGAGUGCGAGCGAGGAGUCGCGGGCUUCGCUGGUGAAGCCCAUAAAGCACUAAAGCCCAAGACACUGCAAGUCAGUCACUGAAGACUUUAAAGUCAAGCAGAGAGAGAGAGAGAAAACUUCCCAGAUCUUCUGCGUCUCCAUUUCUGUCUCUCGAGCUUCGCUUUAAGGUCGAAAAUGGAGGAAGGAACCGUUUCGAAACCAGUGGCGGUGCUCGCUUGCGCGGCCAUGGCGGUACUCUACGUCGCGAUUCUCUACGCUCCGACUCUGCUCCUCCGUCUUCCUCACCCCUCUUCGUUGAAGAGUUUCAUGAUCCGCCGCUUCAUCUGCGCCGCCAUUUCCUCUCUCCUCUCUUUCCUCCUUUCCUCUCUCAUCCUUCCCAUGAGAAGCGUGGAGGUAUGGGAACUACUCAGCGCUUAUGGCGUCCGAGCAGAUCAUAUCUGGCAAUCUGUGGCGUUUCCUCUCUCACUGACAUGUCUAAUGUACGCCGGUUCCUUGGUCCUCAAGACUCUGUUAUUGAUCGAUUCGUGUCGUCGAUACACGGAUUCUGUUGGAGGAUUUUCGUUUGACUGUGCCAACUAUGCCUUGCGAAGUACUCUUGAUAGGGGAAUUUCAGUCGCUUACAGUGUUCUGGCUUGGCGUAAUUAUGUUGUGGCCCCACUUACUGAGGAGUUGGUCUUUAGAGCAUGUAUGAUACCAUUACUUCUAUGUGGGGGUUUCAAAAUAAAUACAAUAAUAUUCCUGGGCCCUGUUUUCUUCAGCUUGUCACAUUUGAAUCAUCUGAUGGAGGUCUAUAACAGGCAAAACUAUAACUUAAUCAAAGCUGCCCUGGCCGUAGCUCUACAGCUUGGCUACACCCUGGUCUUUGGAUCAUAUGCAUCCUUCCUUUUCAUUCGAACUGGACAUCUUCUAGCUCCAUUAGUAGCUCAUAUAUGUUGCAAUUAUAUGGGACUGCCUGUUCUUUUCUCAAGAAGUAAAGGAAUUGUAAGCGUGGCAUUUUUAGCUGGGUUGCUUGGCUUCUUGUGGCUUCUUUUUCCAAUGACAAACCCGGAUUUGUACAAUGAUAGAACAAGUAACUGCAGAUGUUGGCACGGAUAUUGUUCUUGGAGAUGAACCUGUAGAAUCUUCAUUGAGAAACUAUUGUUUACUAUUUUUUGCUCUGAGCUCCCAAAUGAAACCGUGUAGAAUUAUUUAAUUUUUUUAAUUUACCAUGGCGCUUUCUUUGAUUGCCAA